AUGAGUCAACAAGAAGAAGCCAUCACUCGCCUCUCGAAAAGAUUUGAAACUAUUGGGAAAUCAAUUGGAGAAUUGCAAUCACAAGUGGAUGCAUGUUUUUUGGAGAGGAAAAAUAGAAAAAGAAAGAAAACGAAAGAUUCCUCUGUAUCGAAUAUAAAUAAGGAGCCAUUGGCAACGACUAAUAAUCCAUUCGUUCAGAAAGGAACUGGGCUUCAUAUUGAUUCGUGGCCAUAUAAUUUGUGGGAAAAAUUAAAACCAGAUUAUUCCUAUGAAGAAUUUGAUAGAUUCAGACCAUUCCAGUCAUUGUUAUGUUUGACUGAUGGACAUGAGGAUGAAAAUCUAUUGGAAGGUGGAUUGGAAUUAGUGCCAGGUUUUGCUGCAAUUGCAGAGGAAUAUUUCACGGCAACUGAUAGAAAAUUUAGAGAUGGAAAGCAAAUGAGAAGUAAAGCCCAAUGGGUGAGUCCUUAUCACCUUGGAUUAGAUAAAGAAGAGGAUGUUCCAAUUUGUGAAAUGGUGAGAAAAAUUAAGAGAAUUCCAAAAGAUUGGGAAAUGCCAAAAGGAUCUGUUCAAUUACCACCACCUAAGGGAUCAAGCGUUGAGGAAUAUUUGGAUUUUGUCAGGGCAGUGGUGAAGGAACACGAUUCUAUACCAUAUGAACCUGUUAGAAAGGGAGAUUUUGUCUUUUUCGAUAUUAGAGUACCUCACCAAAACAGUUCUGGAAAUAUGAUGAAUAGAGAAAGAAGUGUUUUCUAUCAUGCAUUCCUAAUGGAUCACCCUGUAAAUUUAAAAACCAUAGAAUCUCUGAAAGAAAGAAGAAGGAAAUUUGAACAUCCAGAAGAUUUCAGUUCAAAAUUCAAAGCAGAACAAAAAGCACUCAAUUUGGAAAAGGAUUUGAUUCCACUCUCAACCCUUGGGAAAUAUCUCUACAAUGAAGAGGACUAUCCAGAUAAUGUUCAAUCUGAUGAAUAUUUGAGUAACAUUAUUGGAAAGCAUGGUAAAUUACUCACUGAAAAGCAUGUGAAAUAUUUCCAAAGAUAUGGUUAUGUAGUGGUGGAGAAUUUAGUUGGUGAUAAUGAUUGUGAUCAAUUACUCACUGAAUUGAAGGAAAAUUCAAAACUAGUUGGAUGUCCUCUCGAUGAAGAAUUUACAAAAUCUCAAUUCAAAUCAAUUGGUGGUGGAUUUGGAGCAAUGGUCGAGUGGUACUAUCUAAGAAUGCAACAACUUUUAAGAAUGGAUGAAAAGCUCUAUGCAGUCACAGUCAAUUUACUUUCCAACACGUGGUGCUCAUCUACUCCAAAUGAAUAUCAAACUCCAUACGAGUGUCCAUUCAAAAAUCAAAUCAAUCCAGCCAAGUUGUGGCUCUACAUUGACAGAAUGAAUUUUAGAAGACCUGAUAAAGUAUAA